CACAAUUUUCCAUUCAUAACUCUCUCUUUCUCUCUCUUGAAUGGAGUGUGCGUAAAAAGCGCGUACGAUCUGUCAAAAAAUUCUCGUGUGUUUUGAUUUGCAAAAAAUCCUGGAAUUCUUGAAUUAACAGCAAAUAAAUUCCAUAAAAGAAAGAAAAUAAUUUCAUUUAGUGCCAUAUUCCACGAGGUGUGAGUCGCGUGGUUAGCGAAAAAUGGGCAAUUCUGUGUCUGCAGCAGAGAUAAUUGCAUCGGAAAUCACCCACAGAGGUGAUGGAGUACGCGAUCCUCAUCAUGCCAUGGACUACAAGGGUAAGGAGCCACCUCCGGAGUGCCCAAUGCAUGAUAAAAACUCCGCUAAAACCGUCCUCCGGGAGUGUCCUGUCAAUCACUCAGACGAAGUGAAUCCUCUGAAUAUGAUGCCCCCGGCAAAUCAGAAACCUUCCCCGGGUCAGCCUUUCCCACUGCCAACGGAUAGGCAGGUUUCCAGCAUCCCAAAGGUCACGGAGGAUGGCGGGAAAGAGUUCUGGGUGUAUCCGAGUCAGCAGAUGUUCUGGAAUGCAAUGCUGCGCAAAGGAUGGCGCUGGAAGAAGGGAGAUAUCGAGCAGAAGGAUAUGGCAGACAUUAUCCGGAUUCACAAUGCAAACAAUGAGCAAGCUUGGCGGGAAGUUCUCAAAUGGGAGGCACUGCACUACAAAGAAUGCCAAAACCCACGUCUCAAGAGCUUCGGCGGGAAGGCCAAAGACUACAGCCCACGUGCGAGGAUUCGCAGCUGGAUGGGCUAUGAAUUGCCUUUUGAUCGACACGAUUGGAUUGUGGAUAGAUGCGGCAAGGACGUGCGCUACAUCAUUGACUACUACGACGGUGGAGUCGUGGACAAAGACUACAAGUUUGCCCUGCUAGACGUUCGACCUGCCAUGGAUUCCUUCGAUAAUAUCUGGGAUCGCAUGAUGGUCUUCUACAUGCGCUGGAAGUACGAACUCUUCCAGAAAGACUCCAAAGCUGAGGCCUCCGAUUGAGCGAGCUGAUCUCACAACUCAUGGGUAGUAUAGAGAAAGAGUUUUCGAUCGAUGUUCCUUUUUUUCUUUUCAUUUAAUUCUCAAAAAAUACGCACAUUUUAUCUUCUUUGCGAAGAAGCUUCUCAAAUUCUCUUAAAAAACCAAAGUAGUUCCCCCUGAAAUCCUCACCCAUCCCCCUUCAAGAGAUCAGCAGCAUUAUAUUAGCUUUUCCCCAUCAUGAAGAGCUAAAGAAAAGCCAAUUAGUGUGUCUCAAUACAUAUAGUUUGUAAAUGUAUUAACGGAAAAUAAAUUAACGUUAAGUGUU